AUGACCAGCUCCAUGCCCAUCGGUGGUGCCGGCGCUGUCAACAGGUCAGAAUGCUCCGAUGAUGAAGGUUAUGACCUCCCACCGCUUGACUACGCACGCAGUAAAGGCCUAUGUCGCGAUUAUCUCACGGAUUCUAUGGCGGUUGUGCACACCGGUGAACUUCAAGCAAGAGUCGGCCGUCAUCUCACUGACGAUCCCCAUCUUCCUCAACUAGAUCUAGGCCUUAGCCCUUGCGUAAAUGAGCGGCUGGUGCUGUCUCAAGAUGGGGCCCGCUUCCUCCAACUAGUCAAGCAGGAAGAGAGUUUCGAAGUGAUAGAUUCUCUGGUUUUACCACUGCUCGGUAAUCGAGACGUGAAAAGUUCGAAAAUCGAACUGCCACUACUUAAGAGCGAUCAUAAAACAGACUUCAAGGAAUUCGCUCGGCGAGAAGAUUUCGAGAUCAGGUUCAAGGACGUGAGACUGCCUUUGGAGAUUGUGGAUGAGGAAAAUGGCGAGGGUCUGUCAUUUCCCAGCAAGUAUUGGCAAUUAGAGCAACAUUUCAGGCACGAUCUAGAAAUGGAAAAGAUAGAAGUCUCCAAAGAUGCUGUGGCGUAUCUUCAGACUACUAUCAAGGAUUUGUGGACACAGGCGGAUGAGGCGGAACUGUUGGACAGGGAACAAACUUGCAAACGGACGAAGGCUUUGGAACCUGUGACGCCACCGCUUUCACCAGUUUCUUCCGCAUCUCAACCAUGCGAGCCGUCAUCGUCGUCUCCCACGUACCAGCUUCCGGUUCUCUCUGAUCCGGAAUCUCUUUCUAAGGAAGACCUGAAAAACAUCGAGGAUUAUAUAUUCGAACAGGACAUUCCUACUCCGAUUCGACUGUUUAUGCAAAGUGACCAGCAAAAUAACUCGUCGGCUGACCCAUACUCGGCAGUUGCUACUGUGAAGCUUGCAGAUAUCUAUCCGCCUGCUGGGUUUAUGGAUCAUAGCACACCACCGUCCGUCAAAUCAGAAAGAGCAAAGCGGGAAGAUUUAAAGGUCGACGAGCUCUUGACCCCACUGAAACCAACUACGGUUGUUGAGAAAAAUGUGAGAUUCAGUGAGGGAGUCGAGCAAAUGCUUCUUAAUCCUAUGCCCACUGACGACUCCGAACAAUAUGAUAAAUUCUUUAUCGAAGCAACAUUCAGUAAAUAUUAUGAAUAUGCAAUGCAGCAGGUCGAACAGGAGAAGUUAAUUGAAGCGGACACGACGGCCCGGGUUAAAGAACGGAUUAUGAACUUUUCAGCUCCAGACCCUCCCUGGAAGAAGUUUCAAGAGGCCAAUGGCCCAGUCCAUUUAUUGUCUCUACAAAAGGAGAUGAUCAAAUCAGUCAUCGGGCCAAAACAAGAGGUUUGGAAAAGGCCUGGUCGGAAACAGCUUGAGUUACGGUGGAAUCCUUUCCCUCAUGACUUAGCCAAAGUAGCCUUGGAGGAAAGUCAUGAAGUUGACAACCAUGUAUGGGAUGUCUUUGUCUCUCCCAAGGAUAAGCAAGAAACAGACAGUUCGGAUUUGACAUGGAAGCCCCCAGGUCUAAGAAUUGUGAAAAUCAACGACGAGGAUGAUGAGGAUAUCGAGCUAGGGGAAUUUGCCAGUGAUCAGCAGCAAGAUAUGAGUUUUCUUGUAAGAAAACGAAAGAAGGAACUAGAACAAGAGGAUCUGGAUCAGGAGAAUCCCAAGAGGAGCCAAUUCCAAACACAAUUGCAGCCACAAAAUAAGGAGCCGCAAGUGACCUUGCAAGCCAAGAGAAGCACGUUACACCUAGCAGGUCCCAUGCCAUCGCUGGCGAAGGGGCAAUGCAACAUUGAACCAAGUCCGACCUUAUUGCUCGGCGGCGAAUUUUCAGCAGGAAAUUUGCUCGAAAACUAUAGACAGCUUCAUGGAGUCAAGAAGUUGAAGCUCGCAGACAGUUCAUAUUUCUCGAGCAAAGUCCGCAAAGAAUCCGCUGCCCAGCCAGAGCCAGCACAAGCUAUUUCAGCUGCUCCACAGGAUGAGUUACAAUUGCCUAUCAACCAUUCGCCAAUUCAACAACCACGCCAGUUUCCAGCGCCGCCUCUGAAAGCCUCAACAACACCAAUAAACAUAUUAGUGUCAUCAACGCUUCUAAAACACCGCGCUCUAAUUAGAAACCUUGAGAGCCUCCUUCCCUCGCUCACGAUUAUAGAGCGAGACUUUACAGCCCAUAACACAACAGCUUGGAUGCCAGGAUCUGUCACGCGGUCACCAAAAAGCUCGCCGUUAGAUUCAGAAGCGGACCUAAUCGUUUCGCCAUCUACGGGCGUCAUACUCACUACCCUUCAAAAAGUCAAGCAAGUUCCCCUCCCGGGUUCAAAAACUAAAACCGCCAUCCGUGACAGACUAGAGAAGGCUAGCGUGCGGUACGAAGACCUUAUCGUAUUGGUGACCGAAGGCCGCAAUGACGAGACAACCAAUGGCCUGGAUGAGAAUGAUUGCAUUGCCUUGAGCGAAUUCAUCGGUUUUGCCUCAGGCCUCACAACAACGGUUAUCGUGCAUCUCGUGGUAGGGGGUGAAGAGACGUUGGCAAAAUGGCUGGCUUGUACGAUUAUGCGGCACCGUCUCGGGAAAGCAGAAGCUGAUCUCUUGACAGAGGAAACGCACUGGGAGUUAUUUCUGAGAAGAGCUGGUAUGAAUGCUUUUGCCGCUCAAGUCAUUGUGGCAGGUUUGAAGUCGCCGGAGGGUGUUGAUGAGAGGAGCCCUACCGAGGCUAGCCAGUUUGGUAUGGCUGCGUUUGUGGAGAUGGGUAGGGAACGGAGGUUAAAGAUGUUUGGCGGUCUCUGUGGGAGGGGUUUAGUGGAGAGGGUUAGUGAUGUUAUUGAUAGGAGCUGGGAGUAA